UUUAAUGCGCUUGAGACUUAGGGACGCAAACUGCAAAUAAUACCGAGCGCAAGUGCUUUGCGAUUGAUCUGAACCAUUAAUUUUUCGACAAGCGUAUGCUCAGUGUGAAAGCGACUCCACGCACAGACGGAGCGUAGUAUUUUAAGUCAGUGUUUAGCAGUUUUGGGGUGCCGAAUAAAUUAUUGCAAGUGCUAAAGUGUUUAUUUAUUUAUGUAAUAAUAUCAAUAGGUAUAUGCGCUUAAGCAAUACAUAUACAUACUAUAUAUGUAUAAGCAAGAUGAAAGUAAAGUGCACAAGUAUAUCUUCGACUGAGAUCACAAUGAAAGUGAAAACAUUGUGGCAUUCAUUUUUACCCAUCCUGCUACUACUGCUAAACGUACUCGCAACGAGCACUGCAAAGCCCGCGAACACAGCUGCCAGCGAAGUCAUAGCCUCCAACACCACCGCAGCAAACGACAGUUCACAGCAUCCAACCGCAGAACUCAUUCUAAGUGCCGAUAAUGGCACAGCAGCGGUGACAAAAGCGUCUGCAGCGAAUGCAGCGGAUAAUGGACUGAACGAAAUCGUAAGCGAAUAUCGCGCCGAAUAUGCUAACAAAAUGCUCACGUAUAUGAAUCUAUCCGUUGAACCGUGCGAUGAUUUCUACGAAUAUGCCUGUGGCAAUUGGAAGAAUGUGAUGGUCGAACAUCAGUCGAAACAUAAACGUAGCAAUCUGAUUGAUAUUUUAUAUAGUUUAGGCGAAGCCAUACAACAAUUACUCUUGGAUGAAAAACAACCGAAAGAUGAUUUCGCUUAUAAAUCGGAAUUAAAUUUGACAAAGCGUAUUUAUAAAGAUUGUCUAGCGGCUGAUUUGUAUCCGUUGAAAAAGUCCGAAGUAUACUUGGAGGUUAUCAAGUCGAUCGGUGGCUUUCCUGCAGUCGAUCCCACAUGGAAACCGGAUAAUUUCAGUUGGUUCAAUAUGAGUGCACACCUAACUAAUUAUGGUGGUAUCGGCUUGAUUAAAGAGGAAAUAUUGCCACAAUACCCAUUCCCGCCAUAUUUCAAACUACCCGAUUUGGGCUUUGAAUACAUCGUGCACUCCGACAAUAUACACACAAAUAGUUCCCAAGAGUUAAAUGAAAAACGCAUGCGUAAUUAUCUGCGCUUAUAUGGUGUUGAUGAUGAGCAGAAAAUCGAUCAGAUCAUUGCCGAUAUAGUCAACGUUUGGUCAGCAAUACUCAAUAUUACCAACAAGUUUGAUGAGGAUCUGGCAAAAUGUGAAGUACUCUCAGCAGUAGUUAUGGGAGAAGAAACAUUUCCGCUAUGGGACAGUUAUUUGGAAAUAGCUUGGAAUGGCACAAAAUUCGAUCUGGAUGAUGACGACACUUGGCCAUGCAAUUACUUUUACAAUGCGCUGGAUAAAAUCUGCAAUAAAAAUAAAGAGGCGAUAGCUAAUUAUUUUGCUUUGAAAUUUAUCUAUUACAUGGAUGCACGUUUGCAAGAUAAGAAAUUUCAAACGGAGCAUUGCAACAUGAUGAUUCAGUUUGUAUUGCCGCAUCUGCUGGAUGAAAUCUAUAUGGAGGAAUACUUUGACAAUGAAAUCCGUGGCGAAAUUAGCGAUAUCGUCAAAGAGGUGCGCAAGAGUUUGCGUGAAAUAUUAGAGCAAGCCGAGUGGUUGGAUGAGAAAACGCGAGAGCAAGCGCUGCUUAAGGAGGCAGCUAUCAAGCCAUACAUUGGAAGUUACAAGAAUAAGAAUGUAACAGACCGUUUGAUAAAAGAAAUGAAUGAGUUUAACUAUGUGGAAGGCAACUACGAACUAAAUUUAGUGAACUUAUUCAAAUUCAGAACAAUGCAGCGACGCUUCAACGGACUACAUCACAAAGAAUAUGACAACUACACAAUGAAACCGUUAGAGCUGUUGAAGGGAAUCCAAGUGAAUUCCUUUUACUACAAUGUCGAUAAUUCUAUUUAUGUAAUGGCUGGCAUUUUGCAUCCACCCGCUUAUCAUAAGGCGUGGCCAGCAGCGCUGAAAUUCGGUACCAUUGGCUAUUUGGUGGGACACGAAUUCACACAUGGCUUCGAUUCGGUAGGCGCGCAUUACAAUAGUGUUGGCGAAGAGAACUACUGGUGGUCGGCGAAGGCUGGCAAGGUGUUCAACGAGCGCGAAGAGUGCUUUGUUAAUCAGUACAAUGCAUUUGAGAUAUCUGAAAUUAAACGUUUUGUGGAUGGUAAUCAGACCAAGGACGAAAAUAUUGCCGAUAGUGGUGGCUUGCGAGAGGCAUUAUCUGCAUAUUACAGGCAUGCGAAGGAAUUGAAUUUAUCGCCAAAGGACGAAAAGAUGCCCGGACUGGAUCUAACGCCCGAACAGCUGUACUUUAUGGGCUUCGCACAACUCUGGUGUGCUUCCUAUAAGGAGCGGCACUAUUGGGAGGAGCUAAAGAAUGAGCAUACAGUGGAUAAAUUUCGUGUUUUGGGCGCCGUAACGAAUAUUGAAGAUUUCAGCAAAGCUUACAACUGUCGUGUUGGCAGUAAAAUGAAUCCAGCUAAGAGCAAAUGCCGCGUGUGGUAGCCCUUGAUUUAAUACUUAGAGCACAUGGAAUUAAUUUAAACUUUAAAUAUUAAACUAAAAAACUACUUAUGUAUAUGUUUUAAUACAUGUACAUGUGUUUAUGUAUGCAUAUAAUUCUAAAACUUUCACAACUUUGGGAAUUUAAAAAAAAUAUGUUUAAAAACCGGACAAAGGAGUAAAUGCUUAUGUGAACGACCGUUAACGCAAAUAAACGAACGAACGCUAUUGACUUUAUAUUGAAUGUGUCA